AUGUGCUCUCCAGUCUCAUCUAGCCACGACUCAAAGGAUACUCCACGGACCGGAAUAGCGUCAAGGGAGCCGCCUGCCUUUGUUGACGAACUGUCAUUCAUGGCCCCUUUGGCGACUCAACAAGACUAUGUCAUUCCAGAGUCAGUCAUUGCAGCUCAGGACCAAUUCUCCGAAAGGCUCAUCCAGGCUGUGUCUGCCACAACACUACCGCCUAAAGCUCAAGUAGAAGCAUUUGCGGAUUCAUAUUUCGAUUGUUUCUACCACCGCGCGCCGUUGAUAGAUCGCGCGGACUUAUCCACAGAGGACCCGUCAGUUCUUGUGUCACAGGCUAUUUGCAUGGUAGGAUCCCUUCUUCGACACUCUGGACCGGACUCACCUCUUGGAGAUGCCGAGCACUACUACGGCAAAGUGAAAACACUCCUCUAUACCGACUACGAGUCAGACCAACGCAACGUACUCAAGGCUCUUUGUCUCUUGAGCUUCAGAAAUCUCACACCACCAAAGGUUGUGAGCCUUGACUGCUCAUGGCAAUGGCUGGGUAUGGCAACUCGACUCGCCUAUCAAAUGGGUCUUCAUCGUGAAUCAACGUAUGCGCAGCUCCCGAAUCCCGGAAACGCCCGUCGGAUUAUGUGGUCUCUAUUCGUCUCGGAUCGACAUCAGACAGCGUGUUUCGGACGGCCAUCUAUCAUCAGAGCUUCAGAGUUCGACAUACGGCUGCCAACAAUGGACGACUUUGAGCAGCAGGAUACCAAAGCGGAAUUAUUUAUUCAACAUGCCAACCUCAGCAUUAUUCUAGGUGGAAUUGUGGACCGCCAUGCUCAAAAGAGUGAAAUGACCCAGAACGAGGCGAUCACCAUUCUCGAAUCUCUCCAGCAAUUCAUCAACAACAUACCAAGCCGACUUCAACUGUACGAAGGAUCCAAUCGACGUCCCUUCCGGCCAGAUAUUUAUGAGUUUCAUGCCAACUACUUCGUUUGCCUAAUUGUCUUCUUCCGACUUUUCGGUCAUGCCCUCCCAGCUCUCACGGUCUCGGCUGCGUCUCUAGUUGCUUCCUCUUGCAUCGCCCGUCUCUACGAACAAUUUUUGUAUCGUGAUGAAAUGAACUACUUGACCCCGCUACAUAACUGGUUCGUCAUGGUCGGUUGUGCCCCGCAGAUCCAUCAUAAUGCGACUUGCCAAGGUCGAGAUAAACUCUGCAAUGAAGAGUUGCCAAUUUUGAUAAAUGCUCUGCGAUAUAUGCGAUUGAAGUCACCCCCGGCAGGCGUUCUAUUGGAUAUCAUAGAACGCCUGAGCGAAGUCAACUCCAAUGGAGUGACGCCCAAUGUUUCCUCAGUCCCGCAGGAAGGUUCGCCUACAGAGGAGCCGUGGCUAGCCCAGCUGCCCCAUGUCGUUCUUUUAAACUCCCUUUUCCCAUUCCCCGGCUCCUUGAGUCCAAGGCUAUCUAUGAUACAGGGAACCAAUGAUGAAUUAAAUGACUUGGCGGUUCUUGACAGGAUGGUGGAGCAGGAAGACGAUGAUCUCGAAUGGAUUUUCAACGAAUACCAACUCAAUUAUUUCGAUGCAUCAUUUGUUUAA